GUUUGGAAUCACUUUCUGUCUCUGCGUAUACUAUAUAUCAUAUACAUACACAUACAUACAUAUAUAUAUAUAUAUAUAUAUAUAUAGCUAACCAUGUUUGAUACUAUUAAGCUGUGUCUAAAACUUCUUUCAUACCCAAAAUUUGUUCCCAUGGCCAUGGCUUCUCACGUAUCCGACAACGUACAAGAAGUUGAAAAAUCUAUAUCAGAAGCAGCUCCUUGUCAUUACAUGCUAAAGAUACAGUCAUUUUCAUUACUUGCAAAGAACGGCAUAGAAAAAUAUGAAUCUGCAGAGUUCCAAGCUGGUGGCUACAAAUGGAAACUGAUACUGUAUCCGAAUGGGAACAGAAGCCGAAAUGUGAAAGAGCACCUUUCUCUCUACUUGGUUUUCGCCGAUGUUGGUUCACUCUUCCGACAGGGUUUGGAGGUCCAUGCCGUUUUCCGGUUUUUCUUGCUUGAUCAGAGCAAGGAUGAGUACUUGUUAGUUCAUGAUGCCAAGGAUAACAACAGGCGGUUUCACAGAUUGAAGCAUCAAUGGGGAUUUGAUCAGCUCAUCCCAAUUCGAACGUUUAACGAUGUUUCCAACGGGUACCUACUCGACGAUACUUGCAUGUUCGGAGCUGAAGUGUUUGUUACCAAGGAAACAAGACCGGGACGAGCCGAAUGCUUGUCAGUGGUAAAAGAUGCCAUUAGUUGCAAGCAUGUCUGGAGGAUUGAAAACUUUUCCAAAUUAGAUUCAGAAUACUUAAAGUCAAAUGUGUUCUUUUCUGGUGAUCAGAAAUGGAAAAUACAGCUUUAUCCGAAAGAAAGACAGCAUGUAUCAGGCACUCAUAUCUCCCUGUAUUUGGCUUUGGAUGAUUCUUCCACUCUUACGGAUGGUUCUAAGAUAUUUGCCGAGUUCACUUUGCGUAUCCAGGAUCAGCUGCAGAGCAGACACAUUGCCGGAAAAGUUAAUCACUGGUUUAGCGAGUCAAGCCAGGAAAGUGGGUGGGCGAAAUUCGUCUCGUUGGUGCAUUUCCACCGUACCGGCACUGGCUACCUGGUGAAGGAUGUCUGUGUAGUGGAAGCUGAGGUGAUCGUCCACGCGGUCAGUAGUACAUUGUAGAUA